CACCUCACCUCGUCCCUCAUCGCAGUGGCACUGCUCGCCUCAUUCGGCUCCUCCAUGCUGUAUGGCUACAACCUAGCAGUGGUCAACUCCCCCGCAGAGGCUCAGCCCACCGCUAUCACCCCCUGCGCUGGCUCGAGAGCGGCGAAGACGAACACACGCUGUUCUCCAAAGCGUGUGCCGUCAGCUGACCACUUCUUUUCACUCUGCUAGCCCACCACGCAGCCAGCCCAGAGCUACAGCAUCGGAGGACAACCCAGCUCUGGGCAGCUUACAGGCACACCCGCAGGCACCCGACCAGUCUACAGGGGUUGCUGUAGAUUGUCGGCAGUGGAAUAGCCUGGACUCGAACCGGCAAUGUCCAGAUUAUAGGGCGCAUCCUGCACUCCACGCGGAGCGCCUUUACCGGAUGCGCCACUCGGGAGCCCCACAGCUUUGUCCUAAUUUAAUAGGAGAAAGGGAGGAUGUACAAAUUAGAGAGCUCUGUGACUUGCUGGUACCAGAUAUAGAAAUCCUGGCAUCACAUGCCUGACACCAGCCCCCUCUAAUCACAGUUUUUCACAGAAUUGCAUUUAAAAGAAAUUAAAGUAAACAAUGUAGUAUUUCUUUCAAAUAGAUCUUUCAAAAUGUAUCAAAUUAAAUUGAUAGCUUCUGGCAAAACUACCAAAAUCAUGAGUCACUUUCUUCAAUUUAACAGCACAUGCAAAUAUAACUUUAAAAAGUGGACAGAAGAAUAGCAUUGUUCUUUAUGAAAAAGGAUUUGGUCUGAUGGAGGGAAUGUGUGUAUAUUUGUUUUCUUUUGGUGAAUUAAAGGAAUUCAAACACCUACUGUGUGCCACUUGCUGGACAGUUAACAAGCAGCUGACUCAAGUUAAUUAAAAUCGCAGCAGAUUGUGGUAUCAAAUUAGCAGAAAACGGUAGGCAGAUUGAGUCCCUUUAAAGAAAAGUCUCUCGUGCUGGAUAUUGCAGAUUGAGUCCCUUUAAAGAAAAGUCUCUCGUGCUGGAUAUUGCAUAUUGUCACUUUUGUCUUCAGCAUAUUAAAGAGUUCUACAACAGAACGUGGCUGAGUCGCAACCACACGGGGCUGAGCAAGGAGACCCUCACCCUCCUGUACUCGUUUACAGUGUCAGUGUUCGCCAUCGGGGGGCUGCUCGGGUCACUGUUGGUGGGCAUGCUUGUGACGAAGUUCGGGAGAAAAGGGACGUUGGUGUACUGCACAGUGCUGGUCUUCAUUGCGGGGGCUCUGAUGGGCUUCAGCAGGAUCUGCCACUCCCCGGAGAUGGUCAUUAUUGGGAGGUUUGUUACGGGGAUCCAUUCAGGGAUCUGCCUGAGUGUGGUGCCAAUGUACCUGGGAGAAAUCGCUCCGAAGAACCUGAGGGGCUUCCUGGCUCUAGUGCCGAGUAUCUUCAUCUGUCUGGGAGUGUUUUUAGCACAAGUCCUAGGGCUGGAAGAGCUGCUCGGAAAGGAGGCGUACUGGCCCCUGUUCCUCUCUCUGGUGGUGGUGCCAACCUUCAUACAGCUCAUGCUGCUGCCCUGGUUUCCAGAGAGCCCACGAUACCUGCUCAUCGAGAAACGAAACAUCCAUGCCACCAUCACUGCCCUAAAGUGGUACCGCUCCAAGUGUAACAUCCAGGCGGAGAUUGAGGAGAUGCAGGAGGAGCAGCACUCUCUCUCCACGGUGGAGACAGUGUCAGUGUGGGGCCUCAUGAUGGACAAGUCUGUGCGCUGGCAGUUCAUCUCCGUCAUCGUCAUCAACAUGGGCAUGCAGCUGUCUGGCAUAGACGCGAUCUGGUUCUAUACGAAUGCCAUAUUUGCGAAUGCCGGGAUCCCCAAACCCCAAAUCCAGUACACGACGGUGGGAACUGGAGCGAUUGAGGUCAUUUCAGGAUUGAUAGGGUGUUUUACCAUUGAAAAGCUGGGCAGACGCCCAUUGAUGAUCGGUGGGUUCAGUGUUAUGGGAAUUGGUUGUGCUGGAAUUACACUCUCCUUAGUCUUACAGACCCACUUUGCCUUCAUGCGCUACAUUAGUAUUGCUUGUGUGGUGGCAAUUAUUGCUGGCUUCUGCAUAGGACCAGCUGGCGUCCCAUUUCUCAUGACAGCUGAGCUCUUCAAGCAGUCUCACAGGCCCGCGGCCUACACUGUGGGGGGAGCCCUGAACUGGAUGUCUAAUUUCACUGUGGGCUUCGUCUUUCCCUUCCUACAGAUGUCAGCCGGGUCCUUCUGCUACCUGGUGUUUUGUGGGAUCUGCGUGCUUGUGGCAGUAUAUGUUCAUUUUGUCAUCCCUGAGACAAAAAACAAAACCUUUAUGGAGAUCAGCCAGAUGUUUGCCACUAAAGAGCCCAUCCUUUCAAAAAGCCCCUCAGGCAACCCUGAUGAGCUCAAACUGAAGAAGUUCAAUGGCUACGGAACGCUGGAGAACAGCUCGGUGGAAUUGGACAGUUCUAGAUCCUACCCCUGAGAGAGAGAGAGAGCGAGAGAGAGAGAGCUUACAACUACAGCUGAACCCACCAGCACCAAUUGUGUUUGGGUGACAAACAUGGAUAUUAUGUUAUUUUUUGUAGAUGCAAUAUAUAUAUAUAUAUAUAUAUAUAUAUAUUUCUUACAGUAGGCUUAACUGAACCCCACUAGCCUGAACUGACCUACAACCUGAACCAUGCCAUCAGAAUGAAAUGCAUUUUGCAGCUGAAGAAAGCAAAUUUCAAUAUCAUAAUUCUGUGAUGAGUGAGUAAAAGACAUUACAGCUG